AUGACUGCAGGACAAUUUUAUUUCCUAAGUAACGAAAUAACACGAUGGGUAAUGGAGAAGGGUAUGAACGAUGUGGAGAAAAUUGGGGAAAAAAUAAAGAAGGAUCUGAAGAAAACAUUUGAAAAUUUGCUCAGUAGGUUGGGGAGACAGGAAUCCGGGGAAAUAUAUAACCUCUGUUAUAAUAACGUAAAGUGGUCUGGGAACCCUAUGCAGGAGCUGGAUAUGCAGACACUAUGUCAAGGGAUCAUGGAAAUAAGAUAUUUUAUGAAUGGAAUAAAAACAAAAAGGAAGAGUGGAUCAUGGAAUGAUGACGUAACUAUUGAGAAGAUUCCUGAUGAUGAAGCUUACAGACGUUGUUUAGUAGGAAUGAUAAGUAUGUUAGAAUUUUAUAAAGAACACUGUAGACUGGAAUUUGUUAUAAAAGCAAUAGAAGCGGGAAUGAAAGAGAAGUUAGAGGGGCAUAAGAAUAAAGGGGCAAUAUUGGAUAGGUGUAAAGGAGUAGACAUCACCGGUUUAAUUUUGGGAAAAACGGCCGUUGCGGAUGAAAUUAAAAAGUGGGCACAGGUAGAAAAAAACAAGAGGGAAAGCGGAAUUAGAAGAGUAGGACAUGUAAAAAGGGUAAGUGAAGGUUAUUGCGAGAAUGAGCAAUCUCAAGGGAAACUGGAAGAAACAGUGAAUAAAAACUUGGAAAUUAUGACAUCGCUCUUAGGAAUAGAGAAUAGAAAUAAAUUGAAAGUACUAACAGAUAAUGAUAAUAAGUACACCUUAUCGCAAGGCGAAUUGGAAACAGCACUUGAACCAGCCACAAAUGGGAGUAAAAACAUAGACGAUGUAAUACAGAAUUUAAAGAAGGAAAUUCAACAAAAAAUACAGAGAACUGAUCCACCAUCACCGCUACCUAGAGCCUCUCCCAAUGGUGGAGGAAUUGGUGCCGCCCUAGCUGCUGCUCUGUCUGUUCCUGGGACAGCCAUUCCUGUUGUUGCAGGAGUCAUAGCAUUACCAGCAUUUUUAUCCGCUUUCUUUCUUUACAAGAUCUUCUUCUUUAAGAAGCAUAACCUUUAUGGAGGAAGAAGGAAAAAAAGAUCAACUUUUAGACAUGAAUUGAAUUCAUUAUGGGACAACGAAGACUCUUCCAUAGAAUAUUCAAGAUCCAACUUAAUGGAAAGUGUAAUAGGAACCGACAGUGCAACAGAAUAUUCAGGAUCUAACCUAACGGAAUAUCUGUCAGAAUAUUCUAUUCCAUAUACAUCAUCCUCAAUAUGA